UUUAGUUAGGUAUUUGCAUGUUUUACAUACAUAUGUAGUGUCAAAGAUGGAUUUGGAAUUAUUGAAAAGUAAAUUUCGCGGUACAAUGCUGGGCGUUUUAGUCGGAGAUAUUCUUGGAAGUCCAUAUGAGGGCAAAAAAGUCAUAUCAGCUCGCAAGAAAAUCUACUUGCAACGAAGGCUCGAUAUGUUGGAGGGAACAAAGUUCAGAGAGCCUGUCAUGGAAUUCACAGAUGACUCGGCAAUGACCCGCUCUUUAGCUGAGUCCUUGAUUGAGAAACGAGAUUUGGAUAUUAUUGAUGUAGCAAAACGAUUUGUGGAAAGUUAUUACCAAGAGCCUCAUCGUGGUUACGGAACUGGUACUAUAACUGUACUUAAGAAACUAAGGAAAUUAAAGAAUAAAAAAAUUGAGCCAGGAAUAGAUGUGAAAGAUCCAGCAAAGGCUAUAUUUGAUGGUCGAGGUUCUUAUGGUAAUGGAGGUGCAAUGAGAAUUGCACCUGUAUCAUUGUUUUCGUACAACAAUUAUGAUAAUCUUUUACAUUAUGUGAGAGAAGUGACACAAAUUACACAUGCAAAUGAAUUGGGGAUAAACGGUGCUAUAUUACAAGCUAUAGCAAUUCAACAAAGUCUGUGCUUAUAUCCUAGUGAAGAAUUAAACAUUUCUAAUUUUAUCGACGAUCUUAUAAACAAAAUGGAUAAAAUUGAGGUUGGCGAAAGCCAGCCAUAUAAAGAACGAUUAAAAAUAGUAAAGAAUCUGCUUUCCGAAAAUGGAGGAGAGCCUAAUGAACAAAGGAUAGUUAAAGAACUGGGUGCUAAUGUUAGAGCUUUAGAAUCAGUCCCUACUGCAAUCUUUUGUUUUUUAAAGGCACAAAAACGCAUAAAAAGAGUAUAAACUAAUAAUCCUGUCAGAAGAGCAAUUCAAUAUGCUAUAACUUUAGGAGGCGAUACAGACACAAUUGCUAGUAUGACCGGCGCGAUAGCAGGUGCUUUAUAUGGCUAUGAAAAGUUCAGUCGACUGCUCUUAUCACAUUGCGAACAGGCAGAUCGAUUUGAAGAACUGGCUGACGAAUUGCUGGAUGUAGCAAUAUCUAAAUCAUAAAUAGAUAAAUAUUAUAUAUACAAAAAUUAUACAUGAGAAGAUAAAGUGAGAAUUUGUGAAAAAAUGUUAAUGGGAAAUUAUA